AGCAACCACUCUGUGCCCUGCUAAACGUUGUUCGGUAGCUAUAACAGAGCUGUUUCCUGCAUUUGUUCUUAAACUGACAUAUACUGUAUGGCUGUUAGCAACAUUUUAAUCGUCUCAAAUGUGUAAAAUUUCAGGGAAAGCAGCAGACAUGGAACAGCUGAACGACUGAUUAGCUAGCUAACCAAUGCUAGCUAACGUUAGCUUCGUUUUAGGAGAGGGAAACCGGUUUCUAACUUUAUGGUUUUAGUAUACAUUCGCUGGCCACAGAUAUACUGUUGCCAAUCCGAUGUACAGUUGUUAUUAUUCCAAUGAUUAUUGGGGUGUUUCCGUGGUAUUUUGCAAAAGGGCGGAUUACUACAAUUAUUGACUAGCUGUCCGAAAAUGGAUGCCAGGUUUGUUACUUAGUUACAUACGGUGCAUUGGUUCUAAACGACGAAGAAAGCAGUUUUGUAUUAUCGGACGCAACGUCGGGGAACUCUAGAAUCAAAAAAUGGAUUACAUUUAUUCCUGCGAUUGUUGUUAUAUAUUACAUUAUGAUUAGCUUUUCUGUUGUUCCUUAACUGAAUGAAUUUGAGCAGGGAGAGGAAGACUCCGGUGUCCAGCAGCCCUCCACGUCAUCCCCAGACAGUGUGGAUCCCAGGCUGGCCAGACAGAAAGCUGCACAGUUUCUCAAAAAAGCAGAGACGAACAGGAGGCAAAUUGAAAUGUUGGAUAAGGAGAGGACACUGGGUAUUCAAUGCAGAAGGAAUGGCUGGACAGAUGUGUCUGGAUACCUGGAAGAGUUUGAGAAAGUGCUGGAGGAAGAAAGAAAUGCUGAAAGGAUGAAUCUUCAAAAGCAGCUAGUGAAAAUUCAUAAUGGUGUGAGGAAAUUUCAGAGACAGCUAAUAGAUGUGAAACCAACAGCUGAGUUGAUUGAAAGACUGAAGGAAAUAAUGUCCGAGGUGGAAAUCUCAAUUAACACCCUAAAAGAGGAACAGCGGUCAUGCUUUGAGGAACUUCUGAAGGAGGAGAGGACAUGCAGACAGGAGAUCACAGCUUAUGAGAAGAAGAUUGAAAACUGGAGUCUUGCUGUCAAAUCAGACCCCAAACUACCCACAGCUCCUGCUGGAAAGACCAAACCCCCUGACAGAGACCUCCCUGCGGAAGUCAGAGCAAUGGAAGCUUUCCUGCAGAAGACAGGAGGCCUCUGUGGUGGCUGGGACCAGUAUGACCACCAAGCCUUUCUUAAAGUCUGGACAAAGCACAGUGGGCAACCUGCUUACAGGAAAGAGGCCAAACUGUACCUUCCCACUAAAACACUGGAGGAGAUAGAGCAACAUGAGGACUGGCAUCGGGAGCUGAUGUACCUGCAGGACAGAAAGAGAGAGGCUAUUCAGCGGUGGAAAGCCAACAAGCAACGUGAACGCCAGACCAGGAUACAGAGUCAGGAGGAGGCAGAAAGGAGGGAGAAGGAGGCCAAGAGCCAGGCCCGCCAACACAGGAAUGAGGAGGAGAAGAGGGAGGCGGCCCGGCGACUGGAGGAGUGGAGGGAAGAGAAGAGAAGAAACAAGGAGCAGGAAGAGGAGCAGAGAAUGGCUGAGGAGAAACAAAUGAGAAGACAGGCAAAGGAAGAGCGUCGCCGCCAGCUCGAAGUGAAGCUUACCAUUGAGGAGCAGCUACGACUUAGGAGAGAGGAGGAGGAGGAGCAGGAGAGGAAGAGGAGAGAGGAGGAACAGAGGGAGAUGGAGAGGAGGAGAAAGGAGGCAGCAAAGGGCAUCAAACGCUUUAAUGAAAGGGAUCUUCACAAGUUGGAGGCAAAGCUUCAGGAGAAACAGCUGAGGGAAAAAGAGGAAGAGGACAGACAGAGGAGAAUCGCUGCCAAGUUGAAGGAGAAGACAGUCACGUCAGCAGAGACUCCUCCAGACUUAGUCGUCCCACUAAGGGAUGGGAGGAACGAAUGAAACACAUUGGACCUUCAGGAGCAGGGCCUGUGACACAGAUGUUUCACAGAGCUGUUCCCACCUGGAGACAAGGCCUGUGACGAGCAGCUGUGGAGGCCAACUGAGCAGUCCUUAAAUACAUUCAGUGCAAUUUUAGUUAAAAUUUACACAAUGGUACCUCAACCAGAUUGUGCCUUUAUUUGAAUCUACAGUGUGCUGCUGUAGUUUUGUACAAUCCAUUAAGUAAAUUAUUUUACAUUUUGCAAAAUUCUUAUUUUCAAUAAAAGCGUGUUAUUACA